GAGACCCCUGGGCCCCCGGCGCCCCCUGCUGAUGAACGGAUCUCCGGACCCCCCGCCAGCAGCGACAGGCUAGCAAUCCUAGAAGACUAUGCGGACCCGUUUGAUGUUCAGGAGACUGGUGAAGGUUCAGCAGGAGCUUCAGGAGCCCCAGAGAAGGUCCCUGAAAAUGAUGGCUACAUGGAGCCCUAUGAGGCUCAAAAGAUGAUGGCCGAGAUCCGGGGCUCCAAGGAGACAGCAACUCAGCCCUUGCCUCUGUAUGACACACCCUAUGAGCCGGAGGAGGAUGGGGCCACCCCGGAAGGUGAGGGGGCCCCCUGGCCCCGGGAGUCCCGCCUGCCAGAGGAUGAUGAGAGGCCCCCCGAGGAGUAUGACCAGCCCUGGGAGUGGAAGAAGGAGCGGAUUUCCAAAGCCUUUGCAGUUGACAUUAAGGUCAUCAAAGACCUACCUUGGCCUCCACCUGUGGGACAGCUGGACAGCAGCCCCUCCCUGCCUGAUGGGGACAGGGACAUCUCCGGUCCAGCCUCACCCCUCCCUGAGCCCAGCCUGGAGGACAGCAGCGCCCAGUUUGAAGGAUCGGAGAAGAGCUGCCUGUCACCUGGCCGGGAGGAGAAGGGGCGGCUACCUCCCCGACUCUCUGCAGGGAACCCCAAGUCAGCCAAGCCCCUAAGCGUGGAGCCCAGCAGCCCCCUGGGGGAGUGGACAGAUCCAGCACUGCCUCUGGAAAACCAGGUCUGGUAUCACGGGGCCAUCAGCCGAACCGACGCCGAGAACCUGCUCCGGCUGUGCAAAGAGGCCAGCUACCUGGUACGCAACAGUGAGACCAGCAAGAAUGACUUCUCCCUGUCUCUCAAGAGCAGCCAGGGAUUCAUGCACAUGAAGCUGUCCCGGACCAAGGAACACAAGUAUGUGCUGGGCCAGAACAGCCCGCCCUUCAGCAGCGUCCCAGAAAUUGUGCACCACUAUGCCAGCCGCAAGCUACCCAUUAAGGGGGCCGAACACAUGUCCCUGCUCUACCCUGUGGCCAUCCGGACUCUUUAGAUGUGAAGCCAGGGCACUGUGAUAGACCUGUACCCAGCCCUGUGCCCAUCACCUGGCUGAGGGCUGUGGCGCUUGCCAGGGACAUGAUCUUUCAAACCUUUCUUCUCCAGGUAUCGAGCAGAAGCUGGAGAUUCCUUAACUUAUUCUAAAGGGAAAGGGCUCCUGGGGCCUUGGAGUAAGGGGUUGGCUGGAGCUGGGGAUAGAGGAAACCCUGGAGAGAAAGGAUAGCCCCUGGAGGAAGGGGGUUCUAGAGCUGCUGGGGUCGUAGGGAGUUUCAGAUUGGCAGCUCCGGCUCCUUUCCGACCUUAGGGCAGAGGUGGCGACCUCCACCACCACCAUCUUCUCCCCACUGGGUCCCUGCGAGGUGGAGCAGAAUUCGGCCCCAUGGGGCGCCUGACCAUCUCUCUGCCUCCGUUCCCGACUUCCACCCCAGACCGUCGGAAGGCUCCUCCCAGAGUCUGUUGGGAGGAGCAGCCGGCUUUGGGGGGUGGGGAGAUAAGGGGAGGGGCUCGGGCAGAGGGAACUGUGCAGUCCCCAGGCCGCCCCGGCUCCGGGCCAGAGGCAAUAAAUAAACCCGAUCCUGCCGGGCACAGCCGCGCCCGCGCCUCCGGCGCCGUCCCCGGGCUGACGGGGGAGGGAGCGGAGAAGAGAGCGCGGAUUCUGCUUAUAAAUCAGCUCUGGAGCAGACACAGCCCGGCUGUGAAAAGCA